GACAACGCCUUAGACUUGGCCACUUCGCGGUUUCCGAAAGCAGGUUGUAUAUCGUUCAGCAGAAUUUUCUCUGUGUCCCGUUUGUUCCCCGUACAGUAAAGGGUUUCCUAUUCCAUUCUAGUGUUUGAAUAACAACAACAAAUAUGAGUCAAGUUAGCAUAAAAACCAGCAAAACAACUCGAAGGAGUAGAAGAGGUCCAAGGAGUAGUAUUCGUAUGGGGUCUCAAUAUGGUAUGUCUAUGGCAACUAAUGUCCGUGCUGCACCAAUUUCUCUGGCCUCUGGAGUGGCAGCACAAUCUUCCCAAAGAAGUGUUGCUGAAAUGAAAAAUAGCAGCCAAAAGGAAAAGAAAGAUCUGCAAGGUUUGAAUUGCAAACUUGCCGAAUUCCUUGAAAAAACACGUAUGCUGGAGGCUGAGAAUAAACAUCUUAAGGAACUCUUAAAUAGAUCUCAAGUUGAAUUUAACAUUGAUGUGAUCAAAAUAUCAUACCAAGAGCAGCUGGAGGACUUAAAAGGAAUCAUCGAAGACAGGGAUAAGGAACUUGCAGCUGUAAAGUCCAAGAAUGAAUCGCUUGAAGAAGAAGUCGAAGAUUUGACUGAACAGUUGCGCCAAGUGCAGGACGAAAGAGACAGACUGCAAGCGGAAAUCGAUGGAUUACACGAUGAAGUUGCCCAACGCAUUGCAGACAGCGAAACCAGCAGAAGGAGGACAAGCGAACUGGAGAAGCAACUUGCUGACUGGAAGAAGAGAUAUGGCAUUCUUGAUGGUCAAAUGGCCGAACUUAGAACGAACUUACAAAGCGAAACUACUCAAAGACUGGAAUUAGAAAACCGUCUGGCGAUGCUGGAAGAAGAACUUGCUUUCCUCAACGACGUCCAUAGUGCCGAAUGCAAAGAAUACCAAGCAAUGUUAUCCAAAACACAGAAGGUGCCCGAUUUCCAAGAAACAUGGAAGGCCGAAAUUGGAGGUAUGGUUGCUGACUUAAGCGCUGAAUAUGAGGCUCAGUUGCUUGAAGCUACUAGGGCGAUGGAAUGUCGACAUGCAGAACAGUUACAGAAACUGAAAGCAGGGGCCAGGCCCGAAUCGGCUGCUAGAGUCUCGACUGAAAACAGGCGUUCACGUAUGGAAGCAAGCGAUAUGUCGGGUCAAGUAGGCGCAUAUGAAGGCCAGAUAUCAAGUUUGAAAAGUAGAAUAAGGGGUCUAGAAAUGGAAUUGGAGGAAGCCCUUAACGGACGGGCAACUGAUGCCGCGAAUUACAAUUUCGAGAUUAAUACGUUGCGUUCAGAGUUGCAGGAAAUGUUGAAGGAAUUACAAGACUUGAUGGAUACUAAACUGUCCCUGGAAUUGGAGAUUGCAGCGUACCGCAAACUCCUUGAAGGAGAAGAGGGCAGGGUGUCUUCAAUGAUGACCAGUUUUAGUGGACGUCAAACAGAGGCUGAGUCUGCACUAGCAGCUGCACUCCAAUCAGCAAGCAGAAUGACUAUCAGCCGCUCUAAAAGUGGCUCCGUAUCUAUCCUUGAAUUGGAAUCCGAAGGUAGAUAUAUUGAACUUGAAGACAAUCCUAAGUUUCCAAAGGGAUCAACAAACCUGAAAAACUGGACAUUGAUCCAAUCUCAAGACAAUGGCAAGACCUUCACCCAUAAAUUUACGGAUGGUAACCUGUUUAGUUCUGGUAAAAUGAUCAAGGUUUGGGGAUCAAGACACGGUGCUGGUCAAGGUGGCGUCACAUCUUCCGAUGUCACUGAAUGGGGAACAAUGGCCGUGCCAUGCACAGUUACUUUGAUAGACGACAAAGGCAAGGAAAGCGCUAAACUAGUUAUCAAAACAAAUAUGUGAAGAACGUAAUUUGUCCUGCCGAACUUGUGUGCAUGUUGUCUUCGCUGAAAAGUCACCGUUUUUUUUGUUGCAGUUAGCACCAAGUUUCAGAAAGUCCCUUAUUAAUAAUAAUAGCUUCAGUUAUUAAAAAAAAAACUAAUUCUAAUAUAAACUUCUAAACACUUCAAAUUUACUGUUUAAUUUUUUUUUACAUGAUUCUCAAAAAUUUAAGCUAAUUAUAAAGAUGAUGAGUAAAUUCAGUUGUCAAUAUAAAAAUGUGUUGUAACAUUGAUACACAAUUAUCAAAUAUCAACAAACACUUCAGCUUGAUACCUCUAUAAUCAUGGUUUCAAUAAAGGCUGUUAGUGAAGUUACCUAGAUACUAUGACAAGCAAUGUACCGUUUGUUUUGCUAUCAGAUGUUUUAAUGGUAUUUCACUCAAUAAAAACUAAAAAUGUAUGCAAUACAAAAAAAAAAAAAA